GCUUAGUGCUUUCGUCGCUUAUCUCGUCAACGUAACACGGUGCACGCGCAGCACCGAGCAGCAGGGAGGGCAGUAUUUGUCAUGUGAAUCAGCUGGCCCGAACUGGGAAGGGGAUAACAACAUCGCGGAUCACUCUUUUGAAGUCAAGGUUCCAUCUAAUGAGGCGACAGGAUGGCGGAAGCAGAGGUGUCCCCCCCUGCAAACCCCACCUGCAAAAUUAUGACCUUCAGGCCCACAAUGGAGGAGUUCAAAGACUUUAACAAGUAUUUAGUUUAUAUGGAGUCCCAGGGCGCACAGCGCGCAGGUCUGGCCAAGGUGAUCCCUCCUAAAGGCUGGAAGCCUCGUCGUACUUACGAUGACAUAGACGAUUUGAUGAUCGACGCUCCUAUCCAGCAGAUGGUGGCGGGCCAGUCAGGCCUUUUUACUCAGUACAACAUUCAGAAGAAGCCACUCAGUGUGCAGGAGUUCAGGCGACUAGCUAACAGUGACAUGUACUGUACGCCUCGUUACUUGAAUUAUGAAGAUCUAGAGCGGAAGUACUGGAAGAACCUCACAUUUGUUUCACCAAUAUAUGGGGCUGAUGUUGGCGGCAGCCUCUAUGACGAGGAUGUGGAGGAAUGGAACAUUGGGCACCUGAACUCAAUAUUGGAUGUCAUCGAGGAAGACUGUGGUGUGUCUAUCCAGGGGGUUAACACUCCUUACCUCUACUUUGGCAUGUGGAAAACAACCUUCUCCUGGCACACAGAGGAUAUGGACCUGUACAGCAUCAAUUACCUUCACUUUGGAGAGCCCAAGUCUUGGUAUGCUAUCCCACCAGAGCAUGGGAAGAGACUGGAACGUUUGGCUACUGGUUUCUUUCCUAAUAGCUUCAAGGGAUGUGAGGCUUUUCUCCGUCACAAGAUGACUCUAAUCUCCCCCUUUGUACUAAAGAAGUAUGGCAUUCCCUUUGAUAAGAUUACGCAGGAGGCUGGAGAGUUCAUGAUCACCUUCCCUUAUGGCUAUCAUGCCGGCUUCAACCAUGGUUUUAAUUGUGCUGAGUCAACCAAUUUUGCAACCAUUCGAUGGAUAGAAUAUGGAAAGAAUGCCACACAGUGUACAUGUAGUAAGGAUAUGGUCAAAAUAUCCAUGGAGCCUUUUGUAAAGAGGUUUCAGCCUGAUCGUUAUGCCAACUGGAUGCUUGGCAAGGAUUCUGCUCCCAUCGACCACACACUUGCCACUCCCAGUACAACACCAGAGCUGCAAAGCUGGCUGCAGAGGCGGUGCAGGGCAAAAUCCUCCAAUAAAACCAACUGCCAUUCUCGAAUGCGCUUAAAACGUCUCAGAACCACAGAGGAACCUCUUGGCCUAGAUGACAGUUCUCUCUGCAGCGGCAAGAGGAAAGGGCCACCUGGACCCAAAGUACGACGGCCUGUCCAGGAAACACCCUGCACAUCAGAAAAUUCAGCCGAGGAUGAUGAGGAAAAACAUGGAAGGGAGACGAGACAAAGCCAAACCUCCUUGCACCUUUCCGGUCGCUGCAGGCAAAUGUGUGUUGUCAAAGUAAACCGGGUAGAGGGCAACACUUUGAGUUUGCCUAACAUGGAUCUCCAAAACUCUCAGUCCAGUUCCUGUCCACACGCUUCCUCCCCAGCAAAUGCCGGAUUAAAGGCAGAGUCUGACGCUCGUAGUGAUCAUCAAGAUCUCUCAAAGCCUGAGAUUAAUAAUAGAACUCCUGAAGGACUCAGAAAUUGGUCUGAGCCAUCUCAAAUGCAUCAAGGAAUAAAUAUGUCAACAUGUUCCCCUCCCGAACCUCAAGACCUCUUAAAUUCUCAGGACUGUCCUAUCAUUGACCCUCCCAUGGAGACCACCACACUCAACACCUUUUCCCGCACACUAAGCACCUCCACGGAGAAAGAGAUGGACUUAAGUCUUCUUCCUUCUGAUGUUCAGACAACAGACUUGUUUAAUACAGGAAACUCUUCAAGUCCAGAACCAAACACCAACAGCAGCAAGGACGAAUCAUCUGGAAUUUGUCCAAACAUAAUUGUGACACCAGAGAAAUCAAUCGCAUUAGACCAAAAAAGUAUCCACCCGCAAUGUCCCACAGAAGUAGAUGAUACACAACCGAAGCCACUAGAGGGAGAUAAUUGCACACCAUUUAUCCCGCAUUCCUCUCCAGAACAUGACUGUGUGUUAGAAAAAAGCAGUUGUGAACAAAGCAUUUGCCCUCCGUUGCUACAAAAGAAUCUAGUGGAUAUGCCACACCUCACUCCAGAGCCAGUAGAAACAUUUGGAAUCAGUCCUCUUCCCCCGGUAUUGACCCAAGAGAUGCCCUCCCUCACCCCAGCUGAAUAUGGGCUUCCUGCCGUCUCAAAAUCUUGUACAUUCACCCACCAGUUUGCACCUGUACUUCAGCGAGAGAUGCUAGAUGGUACUUCAUCCUCCAAUGGAACGAAACAGGAAGAGUCUGAUUCAAGGAUUCCCAAAAAUUCUUCUUGCACAGAACAAUUCCAGGACUGGCAUUCACAUCCUUCAAAUAAUGUUCAAAGCAACUCAGUACCAAGGUUAGAAAAUGAUGUGGCUGAUCAAUCCAGCGAUGACAUCCACAAAACACACGACAGUGUUUUAAUGUCUGAAAAAGGUACUGAAAAGCACAGAAUAGUUGGAAAUAUUACAGACAGUGAAGCAAACUACAGUCUUACUCAGAGCGUUGAACUCCAAAAAGAGCAACAUUCCAGCCUCGCAGAGUUACCAACAAGGGAUAACGCUAAAGAGCAAACUCAAACAGAUGUUGCAUUAAGCCAAAGCGGCAUUCAAUAUCUUGGGACUGGUACAUCAAUCGAUAAUCUCUCCUCCCCUUCAGUCCCACAGCACCCUUACUCAGAAUUAGAACUCCACUCUCAAGCGCACUGUGCAUCCCAGAUCCCACACAUGGAGCCCAAAUAUGACUCCAACAGCAUUUGGAGGAACUUUAACUCCCAGUGCCCUGCUGUGCUCACUCAAAGCCUCCAACCAGAACCUCCAUGUGACUUCACCCAUCACUCUAUACCGUACACUGUGUGGACUGAAUCCCAGUGCAAAGAGGUCACAUAUCCGGAGAACCCUGGAGAGGAACAAUGUGAGAACCCAGAGGAGGAUGCUGGACCUCUCACUUGGGCUCAGCUUCAACCCACCUCAGUCAUAUCAGGGACUACCGCUGACGAAAAUGAGUUUUGUGGAAAUGAUCUUGAAUCCGAUGGGGCCCUCUCUCUAAGGGGAGAGCCAGAAAGACGAAUACAGUCCUCAGCAGGUGCUGUAAUACCUCUGAUAAUGGCAGGAUGUAAGCAGGAUGGAAUGUCUGAUAUGGAGGAAGAGGAAUCUGAUUUUGAGGAAGAAGAGCAGCAAAGCAGUACCAACGAGGAGGGUAGCAGUGACUCAUCUGAUGAGGAGGAAAGUGAUCCAAGUAGCUACGAGUGUGAUGAAUCAGGCUUGGAACCAGGGGAGGUUUGCGCUUACCCCGCUUUGUCGGUAAAGAAGACCACGAAAAGCUGGCGUCACCCACUCAGGAAACCCACGGCCAGGGCUGUACCCACUGCAGUUAAACAUCAGGCUGCCAGUGAUGAUGACCUAGAGCCCCCUGAAGCAACCUUGGAAGAUGAAGACGAUAAGCCUGAGCUCGAGGCAUGGGCGAAACCGCUGAUCUACCUCUGGCAGAAUAGGAAGAGCUGUUUCACAGCUGAAAGGGAGUACAAUGCCCAUGCUGCCACCAUGGGGCCGUAUUGUGCUGUGUGCACACUCUUCAUGCCCUACUAUCAGGGGGAAGACAAAGCAGAGGAUGGUAACCCCAAAACGGUGCAGGGCACAUCAGAAUCCUCAUCUCCUAAGGAGGAGUCUGCACAUUGUUACUGGGGUCUGAGGAAAUCCAAGCCGCUUAUACCAGAAAUCUGCUUUUCAUUCCGUGAGCAAAACUGCCCUCCAACUCCCACCAAUCCUCUACUGCAGGAAGAUGGCACAUCCCCUCUGCUCUCCUGCCAGGGAUGCUGCCUUCAAGUACAUGCAAGUUGUUAUGGUGUCGCAGCAGAUGAAGCCAGCGAGCAAUGGUCCUGUGAUCGCUGCGCGGAGGGCGUCUUUACAGCAGAAUGCUGUUUGUGUAACCUCAGAGGUGGGGCACUGAAGAAAACCCAAAAUGACAAAUGGGCUCACAUCAUGUGUGCAGUAGCACUGCCAGAGGCAAGAUUCAGCAACGAAGUCAAGCGGGGUCCCAUUGACACGAGUAGGAUCCCUAUGCAACGAUAUAAACUGAAGUGCAUCUAUUGUCGUAAACGCUGGGCGGGGAAGCGGCAGGCGGGUGCGUGCAUCCAGUGCUCGUGUGGCCGGUGUCCCACCUCUUUUCAUGUGACCUGUGGCCAUGCUGCCGGGGUUGUCAUGGAGCCUGACGACUGGCCGUAUGUGGUGUCAAUCACCUGCCAUAGACACCAGUCGCGGAGCUCUUCAGCUAAACACCGGGCGUCUCAAGCGUCCAUCUCACUGGGCCAGACUGUCAUUUCCAAGCACAAGAACCUGCGCUACUACAGCUCAAAGGUCACACAGAUCACCUCCCAGAUGUUCUACGAGGUCAUGUUUGAUGAUGGCUCCUUCUCUAAUGAUACCUACCCCGAGGACAUAGUGAGCCGAGAUUGUGUCAACUUGGGUCCUCCUGAAGUCGGCGAAGCUGUUCAAGUGAAAUGGCCUGAUGGACUCUUCUACGGUGCCAAAUAUUUAGGAUCCAACGUGUCCUACAUGUGCCAGGUGGAGUUUGAGGACGGCUCUCAGGUGCUGGCAAAAAGGGACGACGUCUACACAUUGGACGAAGACCUGCCUAAAAAGGUGAAGCGCCGACUUUCCACAGCCUCCAGCAUGCGCUUCCAGGACGCCUUCUUCACCACACAAGGGGAGCGGAAACGGCAACGAACUCCCAAUUCUCGCUUCCAGAACGACUACGUGGCCCUGCCGGAUCUCCGUGCCACUUCCAAAAGCACAUGGGAGCAACACAAAGGGAAAGAAAAGUGAUUGGGGGCAGACAAGAGACAAAUGAAUGCACUGAAGUCAUAGUUGAUUGAUUUCUAGGUGUGUGUGUGCGGGUGCGUUUGUGUGCUUGAGAUUAUAUUUUUGGGACUGUAAACUAUUUCCCACAUUUCUCUAGAACCAGCAAAUAGGGUAGAGAGAAAUGAAUUAUCAGGAGGUUCUAAUGCAUUUGUAAAUUCUUCAUUGAUGAUUGUUGGAUGAGCUUUGCGAAUGGCCAGCUGGACUUGACAGAAAACGGUUAUUCGAGGACGUCUUAUCUGUUGCCUCCUUUUGCUUUUAAAUCCAUCAGGGAGAGAAAAAGCGAACUGUGAUUUUACAUUUGUCAUUUCCCCUCCUCCCUUUUUACAUGAGAAUUGUAAAGUGUUUUUCCUAAACAGCUUGCCCAUGGUAGGUUUUUGGGGUUCGGUUAUUUCCCAAGUUUUGAUUUUGAACCUUUCUGCACCUUGCUUAUCGUAUUUUCUUCCUCGCUUGUCACUGUCCUUCCCCCUGCAUGUAUGACACUGUCGCUUAGCUGUGCCAUCAUGGCUUCCUCUCUGCUCUUGUUAGUCAAUUCAAUAUUCUUUAAGGAUUCAAAUUGGAUGGUAAGAAAAAUACAUGCACAUUGAGAUUAAGUGUAAAAAUAAGUCAUUGGUUUUGACAGAUAGGAAGCCAUGCCCGCGUGCAUCUGAAUGCUACUCUUAUUAAUUAAACUCACUGUUGGAAUUAUUUAAAUUUGUAUUUAUUUUUGUGCUUGCUAUAGUUAUAAACUAUUGCUAACUGCUGUAAGGAAAGCAAAAUAAAAUGUUUUUUUUUUUUAAUUGCCAAUGAUUUUGUCUUUUUUUAAAGAUUGAAAAACAUGUCUAAACUUUUAUGAGCUUGUAAUUUUGGAUUAUGAGAAAGCAAUUGUUUGAAAUGGCAGAAUGAUGCAUUUACACUGCUGGCUAAAAGUAUUUGCAUCCUGGCAAAUUCUGUCAGAUAAUGCUCAAUUUCUCCCAGAAAUUGAUUGCAAUUACAAAUGUUUUGGUAGUAAUAUCUUUCAUUUAUUUUGCUUGCAAUGAAAAAACAAAAUAGAAUGGGGGAAAAAAAAAAAAAAGUCAUGAUCAUUUUACACAAAACUCCAAAAAUGGGCCGGACGAAAGUAUUGGCACCCUCAGCCUAAUAUUGGUAGCACAACCUUUAGACAAAAUAACUGCGAACAACCGCUUCAGGUAUCCAUCAAUGAGUUUCUUACAAUGCUCUGCUGAUAUUUUAGACCAUUCUUCUUUGGCCAACUGCUCCAGGUCUCUGAAAUUUGAAGGGUGCCUUCUCCAAACUGCCAUUUUCAGAUCUCUCCACAGGUGUUCUAUGGGAUUCAGGUCUGGACUCAUUGCUGGCCACUUUAGAAGUCUUCAGUGCUAUCUUUUAAACCAUUUUCUAGUACUUUUUGAAGUGUUUUUUGGGUCAUUG